CGGUACACGAUGAAAACAUUUGUUUGUCGAUGGUAGGAAAAAAUUUAUUUCGCUCUUGUAAGUCUAUUUUUUCAUUAUUAAAUCUCUGAAAAGCCGAGUGGAGAACUAUGCUUUUACUGGUAUUAUCGAAUGAUAUAUAUUAAACAAAAAAAAAAAAAAUAUGUCGAGAGAUAUCGAUCAGGAAGUUUCGGACACUUUAUGCACUCUUUUGAGUUUUGAUGAGGAUAAUUUCCUCAGUCAGGAGGAAGUAGAGGAGAACUUAAGGAACUGUCCAAAUAUUGAGCAUGUCAACUAUCGUAGUGCCAAUAGCCCUGGGGCAAAUGUUAAAGAUUGCCCUGACUCGGAUGUUAAAAAAGAUGACUGCCAAGAUCAAAAUGAAGAUACUAAUGUGAGUCAGGAUAUUGUCCAGGAUCAAGGGAGCCCAGCUAUUGAAGGUCAAAAUACUGCGGCUAAUGAUACUGGAGAUGUAAUCGAUCCCAAAACAGUUUUGCAUGCCCAAACUGCCGACGAAGAAGAAGACACAGAGAGCAAGUUAUUUAAGCAACCCUUGGACAUCAAAAUGGAAUUUAUUUGCGAAUCAGAGCAGUUUACUGAAGGGCAUUUAGAAUCAUCACGAAAGGUUGCUGACGAAGAGGAAGAUUACAACUUUAAUGAACAUGAUGAUUUUUUAAAAAUGGAGUUUAUUUCCGAAUCCGAUCAGAUUCCUGAAGACCAUAUUGCCGGCGAAUAUGGUUUUGAAGACCAAUAUAAGAAAGAUAUAAACUUCAAUGAUGGAUUGACACAUGUAGAAGUGAGCUCUCUCGAUGAUAGUUUUGAAAGAAUUGGGAAUAUCAGUCCAAAAAAUGAACUGCUUGAUAACAUACUUCUAAACCAAGAUUCUGCUUACACACCUAAUGAAGAAUUGAUCAUAAAUGCUGAGGAGGAUGGCGAGCUCUCGUCUGUAAUGAAUGAUCAUAAUUACACAUCACAAGAAAAAGCAACUCAUGAGGAAAAUUUGCAUAAGAUUUUGGUCAGUCACAUUUUAAAUAAAGGAUCUACCACUAUGUCAGUAAAGAAUGUAAAUGACUUUGUAGAAAAAACAUUGGAAAGUAUAAAUACAUUUAGCACUGAUAGUGGAAAUCUACAAAAUGAUGCCAGUGAAGACCCAGGAGGCUCUGUAGGAUUGACCGAUAUUUUUUGUGAUGGAAAAUCAUCAAAAAAAGCUGUGUUUGAUGAUAAAUUAAAAAGUCUUUCCACCAAUCAUUUCCCAUCUGAAAAAGAAGCUACGGACAAGGCAAACACAUUGAGAGAGCUUCCAUCUGAUUAUGGUUUAUCCCAAACAGAUAAUUAUAAUAACACGAUUUGCGCCGAAGACGGAAGUUCUAUAGAUGGAGUGGUUCAAAAUAUCAGUAUAUCUUCUAUAGCUUCACCGAAAGAGGACUGUUCGGAACCUUUAGAACAUGCGAUGGGUGAAAUUUCUUCCCAGGAAUCGGAAGGCAUAAGUGAUUUGGUAAUACAAAAUUUGCAAUCAACUCCCCAAGAAAGCACUGGACAUAUGUCCGCAGAUGAAAUAGAAAAAGUAACGCAUAACGAUGUUCGCACCGAGCUUAGCGGUGGGGAUGUAUCAGAGGAGCAUUGUUCGGAUACAUUGGAAGUCAAAACGUGCAACGAAGCGAACGAAAAUAGUCACGAAAAGAUAGACGAUGAGCAAACGAGAUUACUGCUUCUGCAGGACGACCAAACCGUUUCAGAUGGACACACAAAAACGACGACAUCUAAUGAGGAACUGCUUAAAAUUGCCGAGGAAGACUUCGAAGAAGGCAAAGAAGAAAUUAAUACGACGGAGGAGUUCCUCGCCAACGAAACCAUUUCUAAUAAGAUCUCAGCUAGCGUCACUGAAUUGGAAAAAGUAGAAAGUAGCGCAUACGCCGAUAACAAAGAUUUUAAAACUUUGAAUUUGUCAUCUGUUCCUUCACCACAAGAGAAUUGUUCCGAGCCCAUGGAGCAUGCAACAUUUGAUGAAGCUUUCGAACUUAAUUGCAAGGAAAAAUCAACAGUAAUUAAACAUUUAGAAACACUUCUGUCAUUUGCGAAAUCCCUACAGAACGAUUGCGAGACAUUUACAUCCUCAACAACUUCUAUAGAAAACAAGCUAAAAAAAUAUUUGCAACAACAGUUUGAAAUUUUUAAGAAAAUCGUUCAAUCAUUUACAGCAUUUCGAUGUGAAGAAAAAUCCAUUCAGACUGACACAAGAUUAUCGAAACGCAAACUGAAAAAGUUAAAUCAAAAUAACAAACAAAUUCUGCUUGAUCCUAGUGACUCAAGCAGUUCAAGUGACUCGAGUAGUUCUGAAACAUCAAUAAAAUCUCAAAUCUUCCGGGGUAGAGCAAAAACAAGCGCAAACAAAGCACAAACGGAUUCGGCAACAAAGACAUUCAAUGGCAAUAAAAAUGAGAGUAUUGCUGGUGAAUACGACGAUGGAGUGGCAUUAGUUGAUUAUACACAAUCUGAAAUAUUUGAAACUGAGGCAUUUUGUGAAUCUUUCUCUAACAUAAGAAAACUAAAUAAAAGCGAUACUUUAAGUGAUGAUGAUAUUAGCGAGAGAGAUGUAGAGGACACAUGGGACUGCAAGAAGGGUAAGCCCAGUUGCCAUGUUGAACGCAAUGGGUCGCAGAAUGAGAGUGACAAAGAGAAUUCAAUGCACAAAAACUUCGACAGUAAUAAGAAUUCACAGGACGAUGGAGACAAAGAGAUUGAACGGCUAAUUAAUCUUAACGGUUUGAUCAAAAGACCUAAUUUGGGAACAGGACGGUCAGCGGAGUCAAACGAGAAAGCAAAAACUAAAAGCAGUAUUAAAAAUAAGGAUCUGGCAGACACUUACAUCGAUGAUGAUAUACAUCAAGAUAUUAUUUCUGAUGCGAGUAUAAGCGAAAGUGAAGAAGAGAUCAUUACAGAGACGCAGUUUCUGAAGCGUUGCAACGAAAACAUGAAGCAGCAAUUGCUGAGCGAUUCGAAUAGCGAAUUUUCUGAAUCUGAUGGUAGUGAUGAUAUAGAGGAAAUUUUAUCCAGCAAUGAAGGGAGUAGUUCACCUUUGGUAGAAAGAUUUCUGAAAAGAUUCAAUGCCAACGAAAGCGAUGAGGAAAUAGAGAAAUGUGAUAAGUUGAACACAAAAUCUUCGGCCGGGCAAGAGGCAGCUGAUUCUAAACGUAGUUCAAUGGAAAGAAAUAGUUCAAUAGAAAAGAUUAAAUCAAAUUCGUCAGAAAAUUCAGAUUGUGAAGUACUCGAUGACAUGAUGUCUUCAACAAAACACAGUAAACAAAAGUCUUUGGAGAAAAUGCUUUCAGUGGUUGAAAAACGAAAGAAAAUGAAUAGACUUUGUGACUCAAUAAGUCUUAGCUCGGAAAGCGAGUCCUCAGAUGUUGAGCCAGUAGAGGAAUCUAAAUCACGCAUCAAACCAAUGCUUCGGCCCGAACAGCUAGCAACUGUCACCCGUGAAGCACAACGAAACGAGACUGAACGUAUAAGACGCUUAGAGAGAAAGCAUAAAAUGCUAUCGAAAUUACUAAAAGAGCGACCCGAUAUGCAAGAAGAUUGCAAUUUAAUUUUAGAUUACAAUGAUGAAACUAAGACAUUUAUAAAAGUACAUCCGGAUAUUGUUAAACAUUUGAAGCAGCAUCAACGCGAUGGUGUAAAAUUUAUGUACGACUCUUGUUAUGGUGGUGUGGAGGCGCUUAAGAAAAGCUCUGGAUCUGGUUGUAUUUUAGCGCAUUGCAUGGGUCUUGGAAAAACACUACAGCUCAUUGCUCUUCUCCACACAGUUAUUUCUUAUAAGGAAUUAAAAACUUGUAAAGUUCUUGUGUUAUGCCCCAAAAGUACGGUCAUGAAUUGGGCGGAUGAAAUUGAACGUUGGCUGGGCCCACUAAAACCGAAAUAUUACACAUUUAAUGAUACUUCCGACAUCAACGAUAAAAUACAAAUCCUCAAGGAUUGGUCAUUGUCCACGGCAAAUGCAUCUGGAAUAUUGUUGAUAGGUUACGAAGCUUUUCGAACACUGGUGUUUUAUCAUUCGUACAAAAAUCGUAGUAUUGCACCGUCACGGUUGGAGAGCAUACGCAGUGAUGUUGACAAAUAUUUGCUUAGUCCAGGUGCUGACUUAGUUGUAUGCGAUGAAGGUCAUAUUAUUAAAAAUAGUAAAUCAGCUAUCAGCCUGGCGGUUACACAAAUAAAAACCCAAAAGCGUAUCGUUUUAACGGGCACACCAAUACAGAAUAAUUUGAAAGAGUACUAUAGCAUGGUGAACUUUAUAAAACCGCUCUUUUUGGGAACUGAAAAAGAAUUUGCAAACCUGUAUGCAAAUCCUAUUAAAAAUGGGCAACAUAAGGAUUCAAGUAAAAGAGAUAUACAAGUAAUGAAGCAAAGAUCGUUCGUUUUGCACAAGAAACUUUCUAAAUUCGUACAGAGGAAGGAAGCUGAGCUCCUCAAAACCUUCUUGCCACAAAAGUACGAGUACGUGUUAUUUAUUCCAAUGACCAAAGUUCAGACCAUUCUUUACGAAUACAUAUUAAAUAUAAUAUCCAAAAAAGAAGAUAGAGGAAAAGGAUUAAUAACAGAUUACACCUGUUUACGAAAAAUUUGGACACAUCCUAAAGUAUUGGAAGACGCUUGGAAAAAUGCAACAGCUCAAAAGCACAAAAAAGACCCGCGGAAAAACCCAGCCGUAAAUUCUGACGACGAUCAACCGGACGAUGUUUACGAUAGUCAAACUGGUGUAAUAUCUGUAACGAAUGACUGGUGGCGUAGCUUACUAGCAGAAAAAGACUUGGAGACUAUAUUACCUAGUAAUAAGCUACGUACAAUGUUCGAAAUACUACGAAUGUGUGAAGAAAAAGGGGAAAAAUGUCUAAUUUUCUCAGCCUUUGUAGCCGUAUUGAAUGUGGUCGAAUAUUUUUUCAAGAAGAUGAAUGAUAGGGAUCCCGAUACUCUAAACGAAUUAAAAAUGUCACAAGGAUAUCAAGUGAAAAACACUUGGAUACUUGGAAAGGACUACUAUCGCUUAGAUGGAAAAACGCCGAAAUUGAUUCGCCAUGCGAUGAUUGAACAAUUUAACUCGCUUUCCAAUAAGCGUGCACGUGUUUUUUUGAUAUCCUCAAGAGCUGGUGGACAGGGCAUUAAUUUAACCGGUGCUAAUAGAGUUAUCAUACUUGACACGUCAUGGAAUCCAUCUAAUGAUCAGCAAAAUAUUUUUCGAGUAUUCCGCCUGGGUCAAAAGAAAAAUUGCUACAUCUAUCGGUUGAUUGCUAUGGGCACUAUGGAAGAAAAAGUAUAUUCGAGAUCGGUAACUAAACAAGCUAUGAGCUUCAGAGUUGUCGAUGAACAACAAAUCGAUCGACAUUAUAGUAUGGCAGAACUAACUGAAUUAUAUAGCUUAGCAAUACCAGACUAUGAAAAUAGGCCUAUGCCCGAUUGUCCACAGGAUAGCAUUUUAGCCAGUUUAAUUUUAAAUUAUCCGCAGUUGGUAUAUAAAUAUCACGAACAUGAUAGUCUACUAGAAAACAAAGUAGAGCAAGAGCUGAGCGAGCAAGAGAAGCAGGAUGCUUGGGCUGCAUAUGAGCGAGAUCAACAAUUGAAUUCAGAAAUUCGUGAAAUGCCAAACCCGGAUGACUUACAAAACAAUGUUUCAGCUCCUAAAUUUCCAUCAUAUUUGGGUUCUUCUUUAUCUGCUUUCAAUCAAAUGUCAGCUCUUUUCAAUUACGGAAAUUACACUCCAGGUUCGCUAUCGUCCUACCUACCAUAUCUCUCUCAUUUGGGAAACUAUACCGCCUCCAAUCAACAAUAUUUAGAGAUGGGGAAAAGAAUUGCGGAGGGUGCAUUUGGUUUUCCUGAUAUAAGCACCUCGCUAAGUAGUGCGGCAUUCACUUCGCCGUUUGCGCAAAAUCCACCAAAAUCCGUUUCUACUAAUCCACGUAUUCCAGACUUGCCCAUGCAUAGCAAUGCAAUGCACCCAAACCCACUUAGCGCUUUGGGAGACUUGAGCAUGUAUGCAUUGAAUGCUGCCAACAAUCAUAUGCCCCACAAUAUGAAUCCAGUUACAUUGCCGCAACGACAACAUAGCUCACCCACAUACCCUGCAUCAACUCCUUCACCUGCAAAUAAUUUACCGGCAAAUUUCGACUAUCAAAUGUACGAGAACAGUUUAAAAAGUCUCGUCAAUUAUAGGCAUGACUUUUCUGGAAAUGGAAAUCCUUUGACGAAAUCGAAAGCCGGUACUGCGCCUAUGAAUCAAUUUAGGAACCCACUUUAUCCUCCCACCGCCAAUGCCAAUUUUGACAGAAAUGCGCUUUCCGCACUAAACAGUCCUUCGCCAAAAGCUGUGGAACAGCAGCAGCCACAAAAACAGCACCCUGAUAAAGCACCCGCAAAAGUAUCCUCAGACAUAUCAGUACCCACAAACGGAAGUACACGAAACGAUACUAACUCAAAUAAAAUCAAUUUUACUGUGAGCAAUUCUAGUGGAGCAAGAAGCUCCCCUCUGCCACAAGCUGGUUUAAAGCGUCCUUUGCCCACCGAUGUGGCAACGAAUUUAACCGAAGACCGGUUAACACCAAAUUCAAAAUCCACAAAAGAUGCUCAACAUAGCGGCAUGCCAAAUCUUCAAUCUUAUAAAAGCACAACCAGUAGCAGUAGCAUUUUUUCGAGCAAAAGUACUGGUGGAAAAACGGCAAGUGAUAAUAUUAGCGGUAACUCUGGAAUGCAAAUUAUACCCACCACCAGCCCACCUGGCUCAACGAGCGUCACAAAACAAUUCAGUGAAAUAUCACCAAGUAUUUCACUAACUGCUCUGAGUAACACAAAUACCAGUAGUAGUGUUAACAAGUCUACUUUUAAUCAGUCAAAGACUCAAUCAAAGAAUCCCUCCAAUAAUAAAAGUGCACCGAGUACUAAUUCGGGACCCGAAUCAAGUUCAUCAUCUUUUGCAGCAAGUAAAUUUUUCGAGAUGAGCAAAAAACCAGGAAAUCGUUACGUUUCUGCAAAACCAACACUUUCAGCGACAAAGGCAAAGUCGUCUUCAUCCUCAGAAUCGAUUUUGCGGUCAGCAACACCUACUCCCGCGCAAAAGGCUUCUUAUCAACAAAGCACCAGCGAUCUUGGAUCAAAAUUAUUGUCAUCAAUCACGACAAAAAGCAAGAAUAUUGUGCAUAAAAAGCCUCAAAAUCUCUCAAUGCAACACCCAAAAACUAUUACGCAGGCACGUCCGCCGUCAACAGUUACCACAGUAAAAGAUCAAAAUGGUACACCUAAACCUACUACAUCUAAAUUGGUAACACAAACACAAAAUGAUGCAAAAAAAGCUGCAAUAUCCGCAAUGGAAAAGAGACUAUCCCCCAUCAUUACAUCGCAAUCGUCAGGGGGUCAAACACAAAAAACACCCUCUGGUUCUAGCACGCUUAAAAUACAACCCAGUCAAAUGAAACAAUCUGCAUCUUCGUCAAAUGAUAACAUGUUAACAUACAUUCUAGAGACGUGUAUUAAUCAGAAAAAGCUUGCCAUUGGUGCUCCCACGAAAAGUGGUGGAGGAACGACUGUGACGAGAGUGCAAACGCAAGGAAAGAGGAAAAAUUCAGAUAAUUUAUCCAAAGAUAACGGUUCGAGUGAACCGAAACGUGCGAAAUAAACAAAAUAAAAAAUGUGCAACAUUAAUGAAAAUAACGUAUGUACAUUUACAUAUACAUUAGACUGCAUCACUCCCCAUACAAAAAAAAAGGGUACUGUUUUUCCGAUGGACUUGUAAAAUCUAUUACAUAAUAUAUGAGCAAGACGUCCACCAAAAUAUUUCGGAAAAAUAUUAAGAUUUAAGCGACCUGGACCGAUUUGAAAAUACCUCCAAA